AUGUCCAAACCAGCAACUCUCCCCUCUGAGGACUCCUCAUCGUCAUUUUGGCACACCGAGCCCAAACUCCUUGGCCACAGAAGCACUGAGUCGCUACCUCAAAGAGUCGAUGUCGUGGUGAUAGGAAGUGGUAUCAGUGGUGCUAGUGUGGUGCACCAUAUCUUCAAUGACUUCGAUAACGGAGAGGAUGCAAAUAACCCGGAUGUGUUGGUGCUAGAGGCUAGAGAGGUCUGUUGGGGUGCUACUGGGAGGAACGGCGGCCACUGCCUCCCCAUCCUCCACGAACACCCCCACGAUCCCUCCAUCUCCUCCUUCGAACACGCCAAUUUCCUCGCUUUAUCCCAUCUCAUCAGCACUCAAAACAUCUCUUGCGAAUGGAACGCCCAACAAGGAAUCCGAGGCUUGUACUCCGACGAAGAAGUCACCCUCGCCAAAGCCGCUGUCGAUGCGUUACACCACACCAAUCCCGUUAUGGGCAAAUUAUGCAGGGUAAUCUCCGACCCGGACGAAUUGCUCAAAGCAGGAUUAUCGGUUCCAAAAGCCAAAGGAGCAGUAAUCUCAGAUGUGGCGGCGAGAUUGUGGCCCUACAAAUUGGUGACGGCGAUCUGGGAACGACUGUUGCAAGACGAGCGGCUGAAUCUACAGACCCAUACACCAGUGCUCUCCAUAUCCCCCUCUGAUCACGGCACCUGGACCCUCCAAACCUCCCGCGGAGCCAUCGACGCCGGAAAAGUGAUUCUAGCCACCAACGCCUAUACCUCCUACCUCGUCCCCUCCAUGGCGGACCUCAUCGUGCCUUGUCGGGGUCAAAUGUCCGCUUUACUCCCUGGUUCUGCUUUUUCUGGCUCUUCCCGCACUCAGCGAAGUUACGGCUUCGUAGGCCCACACAAAGACGACUACUUGAUCCAACGACCGGAUGAAAAGGGCGCACACCUCAUGUUCGGCGGCGGAAGGAGUUUUGGUCCUAGCUUGGGCAUUUCUGACGACGCAGAGGUCGAUGAGAAUGUAGCGAGGUAUUUGCGUACUGCAUUGCCUCGGUUGCUUUUCUCAGCCAACGCAGAGCAGAAGGGAGAAGCAGAGUUACAAGCAACGCAUCAAUGGACCGGCAUCAUGGGUUUCUCACGCGAUAACUUGCCUUGGGUGGGUGAAAUUCCUGGCUCAUCGGGCAUCUUUGUGCUGGCGGGGUAUACGGGACAUGGAAUGCCUAAUGCGUGGUUAUGUGGUAAGAGCGUGGCUGCCAUGGUGUUGGCGAGCGAUGUAGAUGCUGCCGUGGAAAAGUGUGUGGAGCAAGGGUUACCUAGAGCCUAUUUGAUGACCGAGGAGAGGAUGAAAAAGUCCAGAGAGUUAGAUACUGUAGAGGUGCAGGAU